AUGGCUACUCUAUUGCCUCCCCCGAAACGUCAAAAGGUCUACCACGGCGUCCCCGAACCUGAGCCGGAACCCUCAAAGCCAUCUCCGCAUAUAGUCGUGCAGUUCGUCUCAGAGGACGAUGGCCAACCCCUUGCGCCUGCUGUGAACCUUCCCGCAAACCUCUCGCGAGAGGGGUUAGAAGCAUUAGUUAACAAGCUCAGCACCAAGGAUGAUGACCCUGUUCCAUUCUCCUUCCACGUCGCGUUGCCUGCGGACGCUUCUGUAGCGGGAGCGCCCACACGAGUAGCGAUAUCCAAGUCUAUCGAGGACGACGUGCUGUCCCACCCAUCCCGACCGUUCUCAACUGAAGACGUAUUCGUCGUUCGCUGCUCUCCACAAGCUGUGUUCAAAGUUCGACCAGCUACCCGAUGCUCAUCUACACUGUCUGGACACUCGUCUCCAAUUCUAUGUGCGUCGUUCUCACCAACGGGCAACCUCCUCGCGACCGGUUCUGGCGACUGCAAUGCCCGUCUGUGGGACCUCUUCACAGAGACACCGUCACAUGUUCUCUCCGGUCACAAGGGCUGGGUACUGUGCGUCGAGUGGGAAGCAAUGGAGAGGAAGCUGGCGACUGGUGGUCACGAUGGACAUGUGCGGUUAUGGGAUCCAAAGACCGGUAAGCCGAUCGGCGAUGCGCUGAAAGGGCAUACGAAGUGGGUCACGUCUCUCGCAUGGGAGCCCGUCCAUAUAAACCCGACAGCGCCCCGCCUGGCCUCCUCAUCGAAGGACGGCACCGUGCGCGUAUGGGCGACGGCGACGCGACGAUGCGAAUACACACUCGGAGGGCACACUGCGAGUGUGAACGUCGUACGUUGGGGCGGAGGCGGACUGGAUGGUAAGGGGGUACUAUACACUGCUUCAAGUGACAGGACGGUGCGAAUAUGGGACGCAAACGGGGGCAAGCCAUUGCACACGCUGAAGGACCAUGCUCAUUGGGUGACGACGCUGACUCUAAAUACGGAUUUCGUGCUACGCACAGGUCCGUUUGAUCACUUCGGUAAGAAACCAUCAUCGGACAGUGAAGCACAGUCCCUCGCUCUCGCCCGCUACAACACGCUCAUCUCGUCCACCGGCGAGGUGCUCAUUUCCGGCUCAGACGACCACACGCUCUUCCUGUGGUCGCUCUUCCCCUCGCGUACUACCGAUUUCGCGUCUACCGCCGCCGCCGCCGCCGAGCGCGGGGGGAAGUUCAAGCCCAUCGCACGCCUCACGGGACACCAGCGGCAGGUCUCCCACGUCGCGUUCAGCCCGGACGGCCGUUGGGCCGCGAGCGCAGCGUGGGACAACAGCGUGCGCGUGUGGGACGGCCGGACGGGCAAAUUCGUCGCGACGCUGCGCGGGCACAUCGGCGCGGUUUAUCGGCUCGCGUGGAGCGCGGACUCACGCAUGCUCGUCAGCGCGAGCAAGGAUAGCACGCUCAAGAUAUGGGAUUUGAAGACGUACAAGCUGAAGACGGACUUGCCGGGUCAUACCGAUGAGGUGUAUUGUGUCGAUUUCGUCGCCGACAAGGUUGUCAGCGGCGGGAGAGAUCGUACCGUCAAGAUAUGGAAGAAUUGA